GCCGCCAGGGCCGCCGCUGGGCUGGCAGCUGCCGGAGCAGAACGGGCGGCCGGCGUCGCUGAGCGCCAGCGGGUUUGGCAGCGCGGUGUUGAGGCAGCGGUCGACCGCAGAGCCCGGGCCCGGCGUGCUGCAGCGGCAGGUGGAGGGCCUCAAGUACCAGGUCAAGACGAUGAGCGACCUGCUGCACGGCGACGGCUACGCCUCGCCCUCGUCCGCGUCCGCCGCGCCCAACGGCGCGGGCAGGUACAGGGCUUCGGUGGGCGGCGUCGCCAGCGGUGGCACCUCGCGCGACAGCGUCUGGAAGAUGCUCGUCAUGGCCUUCGAGCAGGUGGGCGACGGCGCCCGGGCGGACAAGACGACGCUGCUGGAGGCCCUGCAGAAGAGCUCCGAGCUGAACGGCGCGCUGGGCCUGCACGGCGUGACCCGCAACCCGCUGAGUGACGUCGGGGACUCGGUGGACACGAUCACGUGGGACGAGUUUGUCACAUGGUCCUCUCGCCGGGUGAUGUCUUCCUCCCGCGCGGGGGCAGGAUCGCCGAAUAGUUCGGAGUACGCCAAGCCGACGGAUUUCAGCGCCGCAGGCGCUCCGAGCGGCGCGGCGUCCCCUGCGCGCAUCGCGGAGGAGUUCAGCAGGCUGGAUUUCAACCGUGACGGCGUGAUAACUCGAGCUGAGUUUGGAGCUGCAGGCGGCGUGUCCGUCGGCAGUAUCGAUCCGCUUGCUGCCGUGGCUGAUUUCAACCAGAUCGACACCAACGCAGACGGUGUCCUCUCUCGGUCCGAGUUCAUAGAAGCUGCUGGCGCAAUCAGCGGGGCGUCUGACACGCGGGCCUCCAAGGAGUUCGGCGCGCUGGAUACGAACGGCGACGGCGUCACGGAUCUCCCGAGCAGAAUUCGACGCUGGCAAGAGGGAAGCCAACGGGGCAGGCGUGCUGCGGGCCCAGAGCAGCCCGCUGACCCAGGCCGCGGCGGCGCUGCCCAGGCUCGUCUGCGCCGCCGCGCCAGGCCUCGCCCCCACCCUGCCCCUCUGCUGUUCGUCCUCAGGCAGUGGCGAGGCGUCCUGGCUCAGGCCCGCUACAACAUGUCAUAAGAACCUGUUGUGGUGUGCGCGAAAUGUUCUUGGGACUUGGGACGCGUCUGCCUGAGAGCGUUGUGUUUGAAUCGAUCGUGUUCAAUUGAAGGAACAUCGGUUGUGCUCUGAGAGUAUUAGCCAGCUUGGGCUCCA